AUGAAUGAAAAUGAGGAGGAGGAUCCUCAGCAGGAAGGUCCCAAGCCAGUGGAAGCCCCUGGGACAUUAUCAGACUUUUUCAUAAGGGAAGCGUUUCCGAGUUCUGACCAGGACAAAGCCUGUGAGAGGCAGGAGAUACAUUCUCCAGAGGAGAGACAGGAAAAACCUAUUCGUUGUGAAAGAGGCUUCAGGAAACGCAAAGACACCAUCGUUCACCAGAAAACUCUCCUGGGCGAGAAGCCUUACAUCUGUAUUGAAUGUGGGCAGAGCUUCAACCGGAGCUCAGACCUUAUCCGCCAUCAGCGGAUCCACACUGGCGAGAAACCCUAUGUGUGCACUGAGUGCGGGAAAAGCUUCAGCCGGCGCUCGCACCUUAUCCAGCACCAGAGAAUCCACACGGGGGAGAGACCCUACCAAUGCAAAGACUGUGGGAAGAGCUUCAGCCAGAGCACGCAUCUCGUGCAGCACCAAAGGAACCACACCGGAGAGAGGCCCUAUGUGUGUGCAAAAUGUGGGAGGAACUUCUACCAGAACUCGGGGCUCAUCAGACAUGCCAACUUCCACACGGGUGAGAAGCCCUACAAAUGCCCCGAGUGUGGGAAAUGCUUCAGUGACAGCUCCAACCUCAUCGCGCACCAGCGGCUGCACACAGGGGAGAAGCCCUACAAGUGCACGGACUGUGACAAAUGCUUCAGUGAGAGCUCUAAGCUGAUCAUCCACCGCCGGACCCACACAGGAGAGAAGCCCUACAUGUGUCCUGAGUGCGGGAAGAGCUUCAGCCAGAGAUCCCACCUUGUCCAGCACCGCAGGACGCACACAGGAGAGAAACCCUACAAGUGCUCCGAGUGUGGGACGAGCUUCAGCGACAACUCCACCCUGAUCCGGCACCGCAGGACGCACACUGGGGAGAAGCCCUUCAAAUGUGCACAGUGUGGGAAGAGCUUCAGCCGCAACUCGUACUUAGUGUCGCAUCAGAGAGUGCACAGAACCCAUGCAGGAGAGAGACGCUACCAGUGUGCUAAGUGCGGGAAAGGCUUUGGUCGGUGUUCUCAUUUUAUCAAGCACCAGAGAACCCACUCGGGAGAGAAACCCUACACUUGUAAGGAGUGUAGGAAAAGCUUCAUCCAGAGCUCAGACCUCCUGAGACACCAGAUAACUCACAAGUGUGAGAGACCCUAUAAAUGCCCCCCAGUGCGGGAAAAGCUUCAGCCAGAGCUCACACCUUGUUAG